AUGUAUAAUUAUUGUUUGUUUAUCAUUGUGGCUGUGUUACUUAAUCGUUUUAACGCUCAGGAUGUUGUUACAGUGGAAGCUAUAUUGGGACAAAGCGCUGAGCUACCUUGCAACGUAACAGCGGAAAAAGAAGAUGACAAACUAAAUAUUUUGGCUUGGUAUAGAAAUGGUUCCACAACCGCCUUCUAUAGUCGAGACCUGCGUGGUGCGGGUAGCGUCAUGUCGUCAGGCGGGAGGUACCGUCUCGUGGCUUCAGAGAGUGAGGGUUUGGACAAGCUGCAGAUCCUCAGCGUGAGGGCCUCUGACGCCGGCCUGUACCACUGUCACGCGGACUUCGCGACCAGUCCCAUGCACAAAACCUACAUCCAGUUUAAUGUCAUUGAACCUCCACAGAGACUUUGGGUGAUACACGAGAAUGGUACACGCGUCACUACAGCUAGUAUUGGCUCUAAUACGAGCAGAAAUAUUGGUCCUUACUACGUUGGGGACACCGUGCAUCUUUUUUGCGUCGCAUUCGGCGGGAAACCGCAAUCGUCUCUUUCCUGGUGGGCGGAUCAAAGAAUGCUCAAGGACACGAGCACUCCUCUGUCGGAGCAGCGCGUUAGGAGCGACCUCAUGUACGGUCCGCUGAGGAGGGAAGAUCACGGACGAGUCCUCACUUGCUUCGCCAAAAACAACGAACGGACGCCACCACUCACCAUUGACGUCACCAUUGAUAUGUACUUACCGCCGCAGCUGGUGUCAGUGAGGGCGGUGGGUGUGGAGGGUGCGGUCCGAGUGCGGGCGGGCGCGUCUCUACCGCUGCAGUGUCGUGUGUUAGGAGCGCGUCCUCCGCCUGCACUCGAGUGGCGCCUCAACGACGAACAGCUGAUCAACCUUGAGCAGAACACUACGAUAGAAUCGUCUCAGCGGCUGGUAGUGAGUGAGAUCGAAUUAAGUGUAUCUCACAAGCACGACGAGUCGCAAGUCACUUGCUGCGCGCCCGCACACCGCCGUACGGACGAGCAGUACGUGUGUGCGCCCAGCCUGCCUAUUACUGUGCUUUAUCCGCCCGUCCUUGAAAUAAUAACAGAAGAAGUUCUAAUCAACAAUACGUUGUCCGUCGUGAAAGGAUCCAACGUGACGCUCAACUGUAGUUACCAAGCGAACCCCGCGGUCUACCAACUGAUUUGGUUCCAUGAGGAAGAUCUCCUGAACUCGGAAGAGGCGGUUUCUCCAUCGCUGGUGGUCCAUGAAGCUGGUGAAUAUGUAUGCGCCGCCACUAACGACCAGGGCUCCGCUUACAGCGACCCCGUCUUCAUCGACGUUAUAUAUCCUCCAUACUGCGAGGACGAAACUGUAGUGGAAUAUGGUAUAGGAGACAACGAUUGUCUGAAUCUGACUUGUAAAGUUAAAGGCAACCCUGAACCGACGGCGUAUCACUGGCUCUUGAUCAGUGAAGUUAAUGGAAUCAAACUACGGAACAAUCACACGCUGAGCUUGGAGACGCAAGACGCUACUUUACAAUACCAGAGACCGAAUGGAACUAAUACUCUUAUAUAUUGUUGGGGUUUAAACGGAGUUAUCAACAACGAGUUGGAACACAAACGAUGCUCGUUCAUGGUGACUGACGAAACGGUGCCACGACCUCCUGCUAAUUGUGUAGCUGAGAAGAAUAUUAUGAAAGAAAUCACAGUUGUUUGUGAGGAAGGACACGAUGGAGGCUUACAGCAGAAAUUCAAAUUCACAGUAAACGACUUAGACACCGAUGACCAAUUAGUGUCCAUUAUCAACCAAGAACCGAAAUUUAUGAUCCAAGAACCGAAAAAAGAAAACUAUAAAUUCGUGAUCAACGCCUUCAACGAGAAAGGUGACAGUGAGACAGUGGAAAUAGACAAGGAUAGUAUUGUGGACGAGAGCUCAGGUUCCUUAGAAACAAUAAGCGCUGUGACAAACAUAACGACAUUAGCUCUGUCGUUAUGCGGGGGCGUAGCGUUACUGGCGCUGGCGGCGUGCGGCCUUGUACUAUGUGCACACGAGCGACCGCCGCAUAACAAGGAUACACUGUGUGCGUACACUGACGAUACCAACUGCGAAACAUUCCACGACAGUGAAGAUGACAGCGAAUGUAACGUGAGACGGACGGAGUCGUUUAGACGCGCCAUGACCAAAUAUCCUAUGAAAAAUUACGACGUUCGAAGAACCAGUUCCUUCCACUCCGCACGUUAUAUGCACGACAUGCAAGAACAUGAUAGCCCUAAGUGUAAUGACUUCGCACGGCGCAGUGCCAGUUGUAGGGUUCACUCAUUACAAAAUAUCAACAGGAAAAGAGACGCGGACAUACUUUGUGACCAUUUGGUGAUGCAUCUCCCGCCAGAAACAGGUUACAAUGUGCCUAAACCGAUGAACACAUUUUAUACAAUGCCAAGAAAAAUGCGCCACAAAGCCAAAGAAAUAAGCGAUGAAACUUCUGAAAUAACGCAAACAUCAGACGGAUUCUCUCUACCGCCGCCGCCCGACGAAUUUGGGUCUUAUAGGGCAGGCACGAGGAUUCGAGAUGUACCAACAAAAUCUACUCCCUCCUACACGACGAUUAUUAGGCACGAACCUAAUAAAGAUUCUGUAAAAUAUAGUAACGUUAUAGUAUCUCCUAUGAACACAGUAGGACUACCCACUAUCAGCGGCGCACACAAUAGCGUGUACUCCUACCCCGAAGACGAUCAGGACUUACAAAAUGUUGGGAUCGAACCAAGUAAAUAUACAUACAUAUAA